UAUGCCGUCGAAUUCGGUGGCUGCAGUACUGAUGGCCGCGGAGGAGGCGGUGGCGGUGGUGGUAAUGGCAGCAUUCCUUCCGCUGCCCUCCCCAGUACACUCGUCAGGCUUGGUACAAGCAGUUAUGGCGGUCUGGAGUCGAGUGGCAGCUUUCUAGGCAGCGAGCACGGCGGCCGAUACCGGCAGUCUGGUCGGCAACCGUUGUCAAGUUCCUCUUUUGCUCACUCACCGGCUUCCAAAUGCCUGCUCGGGGUGCCACAGAACAGAGGAAGAGGAGGCAGAGUACCACGUCGGUGCACUAUUGAUGCUACGAAUAGCCCACAUUUGCGUCCACCAACCAGUUACUAUGCGCCCUCCUUCCUGACAACUGCUUCUGCUUCUGCCUCAGUGUCCACGCCCAGGCGGGUGCAGUGUCAUGACGAAGUGGUGUGA